AUGAUUUCUUCAACGCGUCUCAGCGCGCGAAUCUGGCUGGCUUGCUGGCUGUGAUUAUUGAUAAUUGCGGAAAAUGUAAACAAUGUGGAACUCUACUUUGAAUUUUGAUAAGAUUAUACUGUUUUAAACAAUGGCUUCGUCAAAAAUUUGUUCAAUUUUUAAGCCAAACUUAUUCAAAGACAAGGUAGCAAUUGUCACUGGUGGUGGAACUGGCAUUGGAAAAGCAAUAACUACGGAACUGUUAUAUUUGGGUUGCAAAGUAAUUAUAGCAUCGAGAAAAGAAGAUAGGUUAUCUACAGCUGUAAACGAGUUGAAAACAGUAUUAAAUGAUCAUGCCCCAGAUGUUGCUAGUGUUGUUUGUAACAUUCGAAAAGAAGAUGAGGUAAAGAAUCUGGUGCAAGAGACGCUGAAAAAGUAUGGUAAAAUAGAUUAUUUGGUUAAUAAUGGAGGUGGGCAGUUUUUGUCUGCUGCAUGUGAUAUAUCUUCUAAAGGAUGGGAUGCUGUUAUAGAGACAAAUCUGAAAGGACCGUUUCUCUUAUCCAAAGAAGUUUUUGACAAAUGGAUGAAAAACAAUGGUGGAUCAAUUGUAAAUAUUCUGAUGGACUUUGGAAGAGGAUUUCCUAUGAUGGCGCAUUCUGCUGCUGCAAGAAGUGGCUUAGAUAAUUUGACAAAGACAUUAGCUAUUGAAUGGGCUCAGAAUGGCAUAAGAGUAAACGCUGUUGCACCUGGAUCAUCUAUAUACUCUGAAACUGCUGCAAAAAAUUAUCCAGUGGAUGUAUUUAGUGUAGUAAAGGAAAAUGUGCCAACAAAACGUCUGGGUACUACAGAAGAGGUAUCUGCUGCUGUUUGUUUUUUAUUAUCACCUGGAGCAUCCUUUAUAUCAGGUGCAACUUUGCAUGUAGAUGGUGGAGGAAGAUUAUAUUCAAAGUUAAUGUGGGAAAUACCAGAUCACAAAAAUCUGCCUCCUCUUAAUUCCUUAUCUGAUGCAUCGAAAUCAAAGCUGUAAAGCUGUCAUGGUGGACUGAUUUUCAGAAGUGAACAAAGCUUAAUUUUAAAUGAAGUGUGUAAGUGUUGAUUCUUAAAGCCAAACAAAUUUAUAAAAUGAAUUAUGAUCAAAACUAAUAGUCGUUAUAGCUGUAAAAUAUGUUAUUGUUAUUGAGAAAAUAAUUUUUGUACCGUUUCAUUUUAAUAAAUAAAUAUAUAAUACUGUU